CUCUGUGUCCGUGGCUAUGUGACAGGCUGGAGGGAGGGGGAGGAGGGGAUGGGGGGUCAUUCCAAUGUGCCUAUGGAUCGAGCUCGAGGCUGAACACGGCAAUGGUACACAUGAUCCUUUAUUCAACCAGGAGGUGCAUGUUUGUGUUUACGUUAGUCAUGCCCUUUCUUCAUUUCCACUGGUCAUGCAAUUAACACAGACACGUGUGCGUCCACCUCAGCCUUACUGCAUUGCUUUUUGUGAUUUAAGCUCCAAAUUAACGGCUUCAUCAGAGAACUUGACCGUGGUUCGGUGAGGGGAAGGCGCCAGAAGCCUCCGAUCACGCGAUUCCUUCUGUGCAACAUCCCUUCCGACUGUGAGGCAUAAAGAAAAUUGACGUUAGACCUUCCGUUAACAUUUGCAGCACCCCUUCCCCAGUCCCUCCCUCCUCUCCUCCCUCAUAGAUAGGGGGUGUGGGGAAAUGGCUUUGUCGUGUAAGUUGCCAGCUGACCUCGGGGACACAGCAUCCUUUACCAUCCUCCCUUUGAUCUGGAAAUGAAUCGGAAACGCUUUGAUGAUUAGAGGAGAAGAAAAGGAGGGAAAAGUCUGUGGCGCUACAGGCGCUAAUGAAACCAGACCAUGAUAAAAGCACACUGCAUCAGUCUGAAAUUGUUCAUUUUCUGUGACCGCCUGUAGCCUCCUCCACCUGCACGUUUUUUUUUUUUGUUUUUUUUUUUUGCUGUACAAAUCCACGUUCACACCUUGCAUGGUUUUUCUGUGUCAGCCGGCAUCACUGGAGUCUGGGUCUGUAACCUGUUGGCACCAACAUCACUGCAGCCUGAGGUGUCAGAGCCCAGAGGCGCGGCGAGCCGGUCCUGUUAGCCUGCAGCUGAACCGUCACCCACUGUAUGAUUGAUGCCGGUUGAGUGGGAGCCAUCCUGAGCCACAUACACACAACCCCCCCAGAGCCCUUCAUGGAGCAUGUCUUUAUUUUAGCAAAGGAGAAAAGAGCCACAGUAUCCCAGUGAGACCGUGGCACUUCCCUGUGUGCAUGAGUGUAAGGGUGUGAGUGUGAGUGUGUGAGAGCAAGUGAGCGCCAGCGCUCCCACAUGGCCUCCAUGCAGGACGGGCUGAACUUCACGGCUCCUCCCUACGGCAAGGUCCUGCUGCUGGGUGCUAUUGCUGCUGCCUCAGCCUUUGUUGUUACGAUCCUCAUUGUGGUGCUCUGCGUGGGCUGCCAGAGGAAGGGGAAGGCACACAAUGUCCCCGGCGAAGGUGGAAAACACCGUCUCAUGGACAUGGGUAUACUCAAGCAGUCGAAGCUGCGGUCCAUCAGUAAAUCAGACACUGAGAUGAACAAGAUGAACUGCAAUGGCAAAAAGGCAUCUAAAAAGAAACGUCCAGCCAGCAUGGACCUUCUGCUGCUGUCCAGCCGCCGGUCUAACUCUGACCUUCGUUCUCAAGGCAGGCAGCUUCCCCAGAUCCCCUCUGGGAAUGGAGAGGACGGAGAACACACUUACUCUGAAGUGGGCCGACGCCCCUCCACCACACGUACCGAUGACGCCCUCUACGCCAUGGUAGGCAGAGCCGGGCAGACGGACACUCCGGCCCCUCCAGCUGUCCCAGCCAACACCCCAGCACCCCCAGAUCCAGACGGGGAUGUGGAAGGAGGACUACCUGAGCCUGAGGCCCAGGUCAUAUCUCACCCUCCAGAGACGGCCGAGUACGCCUGCGUCAGGAAGCUGAAGAAGGCCGACAAGGCGCCUCAAAAGAGGGACAGUGGAACAGACAUGGGGGAGCCGCCGGCACCACCUCCAAGACACGCCCCUCCAUCACAUCCUGCCCCUCCUCCGCCACACCCUCACAGCACAAAGUUGCCCCGUAGAAACGUGGAGGCCUUUAAUGUCCCAUCAUUCCCAAAGGAAGUGAUGUUUAUGGGCAACGGAGAGCAAUACAUCUGGAAGCCUCCAGAUGAUGACGACAUGCUCGUGCUGCAAAAUAAAGCCCUGGGCCCUUUGGGUGCUCACACGGUGGAGAAUAUACAACCUUCUGCUGCUGUGGUAGCUGAGAUGUAUUCAAAGGUGUGUAAACCAGGAAAGAAGAAGAGAGCUGUACCGGGGUCUCCCCCGGCCAAUCCUGGCUUCCGGACCUUGGGUUGUGGUGACCGAGACCGGGAUGGGGGGUUUAGUGUAGUGGUCAAACCCCAGACCUGGGCCCCUCAAGAAGGCAAAGCAGUUGGAGGGCCCCUUGACGACCACUGCUACGAGUCGAUCGGGACAGAGAAGUGCGAUCCAGCCUAUGAGAACCUGGAAGGCGGAGGUGGCUGGAAGCGAGAGAGGCCCCCCAACACAUGUGCCACCCUGCGGCCAAGGAGAAAGAAAGCCCAGCAACCCUUACAGCAGCAGCAGCCCCCUCCACCGCCGCCAACGCAGCAGACCCCCAAGUUACAGCACUUGCCUGCCAAAGCCCUGCUGCUGCCGGGGGAGAACCUGUAUGAAAGCAUUGGUGACCUGAAGCAGGGCUCUGCCACCUCCAGCACCACCACCAUCUUCACUUUCAAUGACGGCAUGGAGAUGUAUGUAACAGGGCUUUGAGGCAGCGGCUGCACUGUGAACCCCUAUUCUUCCAAGGAGCUGAGCUAACACCACAAGGAGUGACGGCUGAGCCCCUGUCAUGCUCACCCACACAUACUGUUUACAUUAAAGUCAUAACAUCAUGCCUGUCAGAGGCUCCAUAGGCCUUGGGCGGAUAAUGUUGAUCUGUUAUGACCUGGGCUGAAUACAAAGUCCGAUCUAUACACCUUACAAGGAAUCCAAAGGUAGUGAAUUACAAGUAAGCACAAGACCACUGCAGAGCGAUCUGUAGACAACAGUAGCACUUCUAUUUUACUGAUACAAAUGUGCAAAGCACAAUAAAAUAAAAAGCCUAAAUUCUUCCUCAAUUCUUGCGGGUAAAAAUAGUCAGUUAUCUGGUCCUAGCAGGACUCCCAUCUGGGAAAAAGGCACAGCAUUGCAAGAAAUCUUUUGGUAGCACUUAGUCUGUCGUGAACAGGCCUUCCCUGUAGUUGGUCAAGAUGAGAUUCAGGAUGGAAUUUAAACCGUGUAAAGGAAUGAAUUACUAAUCAAAAUACUUGAACGCUCAGGGACCAAGAGAAAACAUUAUGAGAGUAUUAAAAGAAAAAUUGCACACAUUUUGCAUUCCUCCUAAAAGCUCCAACUAAAUUAGACCAUUUUCAUAUUUUAAAAAACGACCGAGUACUUCCCUCUGUCAUGUUUUGUUUCAUCUCACAUGGACUGAACACUGUCUCUACUGCUGUUUGUUGAUCCUGUUUCUGCACUUUGCCUGCUACAAGUUGCAUGCUAUAAAAGUGAAAAAACAAACAAAAAAUCAAGCACUGUCAUGUGGUACCUCUAUAUGAAUGUUUUAUUUCUUUUAUUUUCUAUUGUCGUUGGUUGCUUAAUUAUUUGUUUGUUUAUUUAUGUUGUUGUGUGUGUUGCUUUAUGAUCUGUAGAGCACAAAGCCAGUUAGAUGAAGGAUGUCUGGCUCAGUGGGACUGUGCUGCAGAGAGGAGUGCUCAUCCCUCUCCUCCUGUGCCUGCAACACACACUCACACACAGUACAGAUGAACCAAGACUAAAGAGAACUGCUUGAGUCCUGAAGUCGGAGACGGUCCACUCAACGCCGGCCACCUCACCCCCCCCUCUCUGCCCAGUCCUCGCUCAUAUCUGUGGACCAUUCUAAAGUAGAACUGAUGUGUAUUAGCGAGCGUCAUGUCUAAACAUCACUCCCAUCAGUGAAAACUCUCUCCUCUCUCUGUUAUCAGUGUUAAAAAUAUUGCAAAAAUGACAAAAAGUGAGAAGCAAAGGGUUCGCUAAGCAGCAACGCAUCAUCGUGCAGAUAAAACACACAAAAUUACAUCCAAAUCCUGGACGAUGUAACAAUGAGUUCAUUUGACCAAAUAUCCCCAGCAAACAAUGUGAUUAUACUGUAUGUUGAUGCAAUGUGUAUGUACAUUACAAAAGAGAAAGAAUAAUAAAUAUAUCAUCAGUGUCAAGAAAUCUAUCUUUUUCUAUUAUGUUUAAUUGUGUUUCGGAAUGACUUUUCUCGUGACACAAACUGCAAAACAGCUGCAAUGUAAAUUUCAGUGUAUCCUGUUUGUUGUUUUUGAGGCCAUGGAGCUACGGUGUGUUCUUGGAAAGCCCGGCUAAGUUAAAUGUGGCAGCUAAUGUUGUGUGUUUGCUAUACAGACUACAGGGUCUUGUACUCAAAAGCGUGUAAUUAAGUGCUAAGUGCAAAAGAUUGUAAUGUUUUAUAUCAAGAUUACUAUUCAUGAAAUGUCAGUCAAGUUUAUACUUUUGU